CCCGCCCGCCAUGCCCGGCCUGGCCGCUGGCAGCAGGGCCCGGGUCUACGCGGAGGUGAACAGCCUGAGGAGCCGCGAGUACUGGGACUAUGAGGCUCACGUCCCGAGCUGGGGUGAUCAAGAUGAUGACCAACUGGUUCGAAAUCUUGGGCGGGGAAAGUACAGUGAAGUAGUUGAGGCCAUUAACACAACCAACAAUGAAAGAGUGGUUGUAAAAAUUCUCAAGCCGGUGAAGAAAAAGAGGAUAAAACGAGAGGUUAAGAUUCUGGAGAACCUUUGUGAUGGAGCAAAUAUCAUUAAGCUGAUUGACACUGUGAAGGACCCUGUGUCAAAGACCCCAGCUUUGGUAUUUGAAUAUAUCAAUAAUAUAGAUCUUAAGCAACUUUACCAGAUCCUGACAGACUUCGAUAUCCAGUUUUAUAUGUAUGAGCUACUUGAGGCCCUGGAUUCCUGCCACAGCAAGGGAGUCUCGCACAGGAAUUCACAUGUCCUGAGAGAUCACCAGCAGAAAAAGCUGCGACUGAUAGACUGGGGUCUGGCAGAGUUCCACCAUCCUGCUCAGGAGUACAAUGCUGUAGCCUCGAGAUAUUUCAAGGGCCUGGAGCUCCUUGUGGAUGAUCAGAUGUAUGAUUACAGCUUGGACAUGUGCAGUUUGGGCUGUAUGUUAGCAAGCAUGAUCUUCCGAAAGGAGCCCUUCGUUCACGGACAAGACAACUAUGACCAGCUUGUUCGCAUUGCCAAGGUUCUGGCUACAGAUGAGCUGUAUGGGUAUCUGAAGAAAGACCACAUAGACCUAGAUCCGCACUUCAACCAUAUCCCAGGACAACAUUCAUGGAAACACCGGGAAAACUUUAUCCAUAGUGAGAACAGACACCUCGUCAGCCCCGAGGCUCUAGAUCUUCUAGACAAACUUCUGCGAUACGACCAUCAACAGAGACUGACUGCCAAAGAGGGCAUGGAGCACCCGGACUUCUACCCCGUGGGGAAGGAGCAGUCCCAGCCUUCUGCAGACAACGCUGUGCUUUCCCAGUGGCCUCAUGCAGCCCGUUGA